AUUUAUUUCAAAAAUAGAAGAAGUAUUGAAUGACUGGAAACUUAUUGGGGUUUCUUCAGGCAAACCUCUAGAAAAGGGCAUAUACACCACAGGAGUAUGGGAGGAGAAAUCAGAUGAAAUUUCAUUUGCAGACUUCAGAUUCUCAGUUACCCAUCAUUAUCUUGUACAAGAACCCAGUGACAAAGAUGGGAAAGAAGAACUGGUGGAAGAUGCCCUUCCUCUGCCUAUGCAGGACUUGCUGUGCAUGAACAAUGACUUUCCCCCUAGAGCUCACUGUCUGGUAAGAUGGUAUGGUUUACGUGAGUUUGUGGUUAUUGCUCCGGCGGCAAACAACGAUGCAGUUCUCAGUGAAUCCAAGUGUAACCUUUUGCUGAGUUCCAUUUCCAUUGCGCUGGGGAACACUGGCUGUCAGGUACCGCUGUUUGUACAAAUACAUCAUAAAUGGCGACGAAUGUAUGUUGGAGAAUGUCAAGGGCCAGGAGUUCGAACUGACUUUGAAAUGGUUCAUCUUCGCAAAGUGCCAAAUCAGUAUACUCAUCUGUCGGGGCUGCUAGAUAUCUUCAAAUCCAAGAUUGGAUGCCCUUUAACGCCGCUGCCUCCGGUUAGCAUGGCUAUUCGGCUUACCUUUGUGCUUCAAGACUGGCAGCAGUAUUUCUGGCCGCAGCAGCCGCCAGAUAUAGAUGCUCUAGUUGGGGGAGAAGUUGGAGGCCUUGAGUUUGGGAAGCUACCAUUUGGUGCCUGUGAGGAUCCUAUUAGUGAGCUUCAUUUAGCUACUACCUGGCCUCACCUAACGGAAGGUAUAGUUGUCGACAAUGAUGUUUAUUCUGACCUGGAUCCUAUUCAAGCGCCCCAGUGGUCCGUGAGAGUCAGAAAAGCAGAUAACCCUCAGUGUCUGUUGGGUGACUUCCUCACUGAGUUCUUCAAGCUUUGUCGUCGGAAGGAGUCAACUGAUGAGAUACUUGGAAGGUCUGCUUUUGAAGAGGAAGGAAAAGAGGUUACUGAUAUUACCCAUGCUUUGUCGAAGCUCACAGAGCCAGCACCGGUCCCAAUCCAUAAACUGUCAGUCACAAAUAUGGUUCACAGUGCCAAGAAAAAAAUUCGCAGGCACAGAGGUGUAGAUGAAUCACCUUUAAACAAUGAGGUUCUGAACACUAUUCUCAUGUUCUUAUUUCCUGAUGCUGCUGACAAACUGGCAGAAGGAUUUGAAAGCCGAACUAGCAUCAGCAACAAUCCUUCGCCGGAGAGUGAAGAUUACAAUCUCUUCAGUCAGUUUAAAUCUGCUCCUUCUGAUAGUCUGACGUACAAACUAGCUUUGUGUCUUUGUAUGAUAAACUUCUACCAUGGAGGAGUAAAAGGAGUGGCACAUCUCUGGCAAGAAUUCGUGUUAGAAAUGCGCUACAGAUGGGAGAACAACUAUCUUAUUCCAGGAUUAGCUAAUGGCCCUCCAGAUCUGAGAUGCUGUUUACUGCAUCAGAAACUUCAGAUGUUAAAUUGUUGCAUAGAAAGAAAGAAAGCAAGAGAUGAGGGGAAAAGGGGGAACGUGUCUGAUCGUUCACCUGGUGCUACUUGUGGUGAUGGUGGAAAAGGAGCCGACAACUCUGGAGAUAACCCUGAUAAGGAAAAAGAAGUUGGCAAGUCGUGGGAAUCGUGGAGUGACAGUGAAGAGGAGUUUUUCGAAUGUCUAAGUGACACGGAAGAUCUUAAAGGAAAUGGGCAGGAAAAUGGAAAGAAAGGAGGAGCGAAAGAAGGCAACAAAGAGCCUGUAAACUUAAAACCAGAAGGUCGCCUGCAUCCCCACGGAAAGCUGACGCUGCUGCAUCCGGGAGAGCCCCUCUACAUUCCGAUAACACAGGAACCAGCACCGAUGACGGAAGACUUGCUGGAAGAGCAGUCUGAGGUACUGGCAAAACUAGGGACAUCAGCGGAAGGUGCUCAUCUUCGGGCACGCAUGCAGAGUGCCUGCUUGCUCUCGGAUAUGGAAUCUUUUAAGGCAGCUAAUCCUGGCUGUUGUCUGGAGGAUUUUGUGAGGUGGUACUCCCCUCGGGAUUACAUCGAGGAGGAAGUGGUUGAUGAGAAGGGGAACGUUGUCAUUAAGGGCGAGCUGAGUGCCCGAAUGAAGAUUCCUAGCAACAUGUGGGUGGAGGCCUGGGAGACAGCAAAACCCGUCCCAGCCCGGAGGCAGAAGAGACUCUUCGACGACACUAGAGAGGCAGAGAAGGUGCUUCAUUACCUUGCAGUUCAGAAACCAUCUGACCUUGCAAGGCACCUCUUGCCCUGCAUCAUCCAUGCAGCUGUACUCAAGGUAAAGGAAGAAGAGGCACUAGAAGAUAUCUCUUCAGUUAAGAAAAUUAUUAAGCAGAUCAUAUCCCAUUCCAGUAAAGUUCUACGAUUCCCCAGUCCAGAGGACAAGAAGCUGGAAGAAAUCAUUGCUCAGAUUAUGAGUGGGGAAGCUAUCAUCGCCAGGGCCAGGUCUCUGAAAGCAAAAUUUGGGGUAGAGAAAUGUGAAAAUGAAGAGGAGAAAGAAGAUCUACAAAGGUUCGUGAACUGUCUCCUGGAGCAGCCAGAAGUGUCAGUCAUUGGUGCAGGAAGAGGACCUGCUGGCAGCAUCAUUCACAAGCUGUUCGUGAAUGCUCAGAGGCUGACUGAAUCUUCUGAUGAGGUUUCUGCAGUGCCUCCGCUUGACGAAGAGUUGAGGAGAUCCGGUUUAUCCGAGGAGCGCCGACUCAACGCAGGGGCCGUUUCAGAUUUCCCUCCGCCCACGGGUCGCGAGGUGAUUUUGCGCACAACUGUCCCCCGCCCCGCUCCUUACUCCAAGCCGUUGCCCCAGCGCAUGUACAGCGUGCUGACCAAGGAAGAUUUCCGACUUGCCGGUGCCUUUUCAGCAGAUACAACGUUCUUCUGA